GUGUUCCAAUACAGGAGUGGGAAGUUCUGGCAUGAUGAUAUAAUUGGCGCGCGGUUUGGCACACGCAUUUAUGACCGGAAGACGUGUCGGCAGAGUGCGGUGUUGCUCCGUCUAACGCCGGAGUUGCGUACGAAUUGUUUGGCACAUCGCACGCAGGUGGUCUAUGCGCCAGAUCUAGCGGUCGCCAGCAUGUUGCUUGAUUGCAACCACGGGCGCGUCAUCGUUGAGAGCGGGACCGGCAGCGGGAGUGCUACGCUCAGUUUCGCGCGAAGCGUGGGACCCACGGGCCACGUACACACGUUCGAAAACAAUAAGGCAAGAGCGCGACACGCAGUUCAGGAGUUCCAACAACUCGGGGUCCGCAAUGUUUCCUGCUACGUUACGGACGUGUACCGCGACG